GAGGCCUUUGCGUUCUCCGCAAUGUCUCUGCUCACACGUCGCAUAUUCAGCUUGUCUCUUCCGCGACGGUCAUGCGGCGCUGCAUAUCUCUCAACGGAGGGCUCGAUCGAGUCAUUCUUUGACAGCCUCGCCAAGGCCAGUACUGCGGAGACUACUACCCCUCCCACUACCACCUUGGCCGCAGAUGAGGGACCGCCAAUCGGAGAGAUGUAUCCCAAGCAAGAGUUUCAAAACCCUUUACGAGCGGUGGGCACUGCUGGUCGCUAUGCUACCUAUGUCUCCGAGCAAAGACCAAUAUACUCCGUGCAUGUGAAGUCCUCCCGCACCAACACGAUCAUUACCCUUACGCGGCCAAACCGGACUGUCUUGAAGACCUUGACCGGCGGAAGCGUUGGGUUCAAGGGCUCAAAUCGCUCAAGCUACGAGGCGGGGUACAAGUGCGCUGUCGGUGUUUUCGAGCGGCUGCAGCAGGAGAUGGGAGUCGAGGACUUGUCAUGGCAGCUGUUCUAUAACGGCUUUGGGACGGGGCGCGAGGCAAUGCAAAAGGCUUUGACGGGAGAUGAGGGGUUGAAUGUGAAGUCGGCGUUGGUGCGCAUCACGGACAACACACCUAUCAAGAUCGGCGGUACCAGGUCGAAGAAGGCCAAACGGCGGUAGCGGAAUCUUUUUGCAUACCACCUACAAUGAUGCACGCCAUUAUGUCGUUAAUUCCUAUAUCUUCUGUGCACAUGACGGUGGUUUCGCCUAUGCCACUGUUAAAUGGAAGUAACUCCUUUCCAACCUAACGCAUACCGGCCGCGCU